UUAUGAUGAUAAGAACGAUGAAGAAGAGGAGGAAGCAUCUCGUGACGAUGAAGUAUACGACGAGGAGGAGCAGGGGGAGGAAGAGGAACGAGAGGGGAGAGAGAGAGAAAUGGCCGCACGAGUCUGGAGGAAUAUGGAAUUACGAACGCAGGAAUUAUUCUUAUGGAAGAGGAUGCGGUGAGAGGCAAGACAGAUAACAUCGCAGACAAACACCAGGUCAAUAUAUGAUGAUAGGAAAAAAAAGAUAGGAUCGAAGGAAAUAGGAUGGGGAGGUGGAGGAGGAGUAAAGUGGUGAUGGUGGUGGUCGAGGCGGAGGCGGCUGGGCCAGGCUGAGUCGAGACCAUCGUCAGUGUCCGCCUGACUUCCGUGGAGGGAAGACGUAUCGUUCCUGAGCUCCAAGUGUUGGCGCCCUUCAAACCUCCCUUCCUGGCCCGCACCGCCUCCUGCCAUGACCGCACCAGAGUACGUGAAGAACAAGCGGCCGAGUGUGUGGCUCCCGAGACAACUUGCCGUGCUCGUAACGCACUAACUAGCAAACUUGGAACUUCUUUCGACCGCCUCUUGUAAAACUCGCAAAGAACAGUGAGGAUAAGAACCACGACAUAAUACACUCCUCAGAAACUCGUCAAUUUAACCCUGAAACUAAACAUAGAAACCCGCCGCCCUUAGGCAUCAGCAAACGCUUCGCUUCUCUUUUUCCCUCCGUCAGGACGCUGAAGGAGGGAGAGGAGAGCACUGAAGGAAGAAAGAAGGUGUCAGUCAGUGUUAAAGGGUCCAGUAUCACCUCCACAUCCGCCUCUUUCUGCUACACAGUUCCUCCUUAUCCCGUCACCCCUUCACGCCCCAGUCACAAGACAGCAGGACAGGAAGCGGGGGUGAUGGUUCGUGGGCUCCUGAGUCUCGCCCUCGUGCUGGCAACAGUGGGGUUGGCGGCUUCAGACACACUACCUCGCCUCUUCCCUUCAAGCGUGUCUUUCGUUCCUUCCUCCUCCUCUUCCUCUUCCUCCUCCUCCUCGCGCCGCUCCCACAGAUCUCAUCAUCGUAGCCAUUUCAAUAAGUACCGUCAUUCCUCGCCGUUCAAUAGUUAUGCCUCCUAUCAACAUUCCAAAUAUUACCAAUCCACUCCCGCCAAGACGUAUCCUUCCCACCCUGCCUCCUAUCCUUCCUCCAAGUCCCUCCCUUCGAAUCCUUAUCAAGCGUCUAAACAGUUUAUACCUCCAAACAACCACUUGUCCCCCUCUUCAUCCGCCUCCCACCACACGCCGCAACCUCUCCCGCUGAUGGUGAAGACUGCAAGAUUCGUGGUCGUCUCUGAGGGGAUGUACGACCACGACCACCACAUCCACGCCCACGAGAAGAUGAAAGAGGAGAAGGAGAUCUUGCAAGGGCCACGCUUCGCUGGUGGAAACACUACCUCGACGCGUGUCUUCCUUGGCAACACUGUGACUCUGGACUGCACUGUGCACGACCUGACGAAUGAGUCGGUGUCAUGGAUGCGCAGCAGAGAUGAUAUGCUUGAACUGAUUACCUGGGACAGCAACACCUAUGCUAAGGAUGACAGAUACUCUCUGGUGCGAGAACAUGGCAAGAGGUGGCGCAGGUGGCAGCUGGUAAUACGCAACACCCGCGCAGAUGACCAGGGGCAGUACCGCUGUCAGGUGGCCACCCAACCCCCCCUCAUACUGGUGGUGAACCUCAACGUGACAGUCCCCGUGGCGCGCGUGGUGGACGAACGGGGAACUAAGGUGCAGGAGAAGCACUACAACAGCGGCAGCAUGAUUGAGCUGAAGUGCAUCGUGGAUCAGGUCCCCUUCCCCCACGGCCCCGUCACAUGGCGGAGAGGAGCCACCAUCCUCACCUACAACACCUCCAGGGGCGGCAUCAGCGUGAAGGGCAACGAGGCGGGGGGCUUCAUAAGGAGUCGUCUCUACGUGGCUGAUGCGACGCCCCAGGACUCCGGCUUCUACUCCUGCUGGUACAAGAACAUCACCAGCGAUACUGUCACCGUCCAUGUCAUAGCAGGAGAGAACUCAGCCGCCAUGCAGCACGACGGCCUCCCAGGGUCAGGAGGGAACGUUAGCGGCGGCCCCUCAUCCCUACAGCCUUCCCUAGCCCUGCCUUCCCUCCUCGCCUUGGUCACCGUGGCCUCCUGGGUGCUCUCCUCCUCCUGCACCGCUUCCUUCAUCACCACAGGGACAAGCACCUUCGUCAAUAGUGUGUUGUUUCCUGAAGGGAUCACAUGGAGUAAACAGCAGAAGGAACACGAGGAGGAAGAGGAGGAGGAGGAGAAAAGGGCUACGAGAUAGUCAUUUCAGGAGUCCCAGCCCUCGCCUUACUCCUGAAGAAGGCGCUGACGGGGUUCCAAGUCCUCCUGCUACGUGAAGUUCAUAUAUUUCGUGCCACAAAAGUAGUCGAUAGGUGUCUUCGGGAAAAUAUGAUAGAGAAGUAUAUGACAUUUAUAUAUAUAUAUACAUAUAUAUUUUAUGUGUUAUGUUCCUUCCCUGCUCUUCUCCGUGUGUUCCUCCGGGUUAAGACUUUCCGUUCAUGUGUGUGUGUGUGUGUGUGUGUGUGUGUGUGUGUGUGUGUGUGUGUGUGUGUGUGUGUGCGCGCGCGCGCGCACGCACGCGCGAUGUUAUGUACGUAUUUUCCAACUAAUGUAAAUAUGUGACGUUACUAAAUGUAAAAAAAAUAUAUAAAAAGAUACUCAUCAUCAUUAUUAUCGCUCUUCUUCUCCUCUUUGUUUUUCUUUUCUUCUUUAUCACUACUACUACUACUACUACUACUACUACUGUCAACAUUGUAUUCAUCAUGACCACGCCCCUCACUGCCCUCUCUCCGCCAUGGCAUCUCGUAUCACGCCGGUCUGUCAGCCACAUAAUAAAUCUCCGUGUGUCAGUGCUUGUUUUACAACCUUACAGCUUCACCCCGUAUUCUGAAACGCCUUGGUCUCUCACCACGACUAUUUUCAGAGCCAGAGUUGCUUAGCCGGGUUUUCCAGUGUUUAUCCUGUUAAUUGUGUAGAAGUAUCGUUUAUCCGCCAAGAGAACAGUAAAAAGACACUUAAGAACCAGUGUAACGUCAACUAGAGCCUUUUUCAAUGCAGUUCCGAGAGUGUUUCUCCUACUGAAAAUGUGGAAAUAUUGUUAAUCUGUCACUAUAACUUAAAAAACACCAUUAAAACCCUCAACUAGAGACUUGAAAGUAGCCAGGGUGCAGACAGAAGUGCUUCAGAAUAUGGUCCUUCACCCUUUAGCUUUAAAAUUCCGGUAAAAUGUCCGCCAACGCAUACUGAGAAGCAUCUAGUGAAGUACGUAUUAGUCAGUGAAGUGAGAUUACAUUACCAUUGUGUUUAUGAAAUGAACAAGUGAGUGUUGAAAUCCGUGCCUGGUUUAAAGGAGGAAAACCUCCACUGUUGAUUAGAUUGUUAGAAUAUCUAAAUGAAUUAUGCCGUUAUCUCUCUCCGUAUCCUUUGUUUUGAUUCUCUCAGGUAAAUAUGUACUGUACCCUUUAUGCUUUACUUUAUUUUGCACGAGUAGCAUUACUUAUGAAUUUGACUAUUGGAGUAUCAAGGAAAAGUUUGUCAUGAAAAUUCAAUUGUCCACAAAGAUAUUACGUUUUAUAUUACAAAGAAGAAUGUCAAUAUUUUAGUUUUACUACUCAGCAAGAACAACAUGACUUAUGUACCAAACUAAUAGAGUAUUAUCAAAAAUAGCAGUUUUCCGUAAAAAUUAGUUUAUUCAUAGAGAUAUUACGCUCUUUACUUAAAAAAGAAAAUCAGUAUUCUAAGGGGAACUUUAACAAAUUCUUGACUUGGUUUCAAUCAAACGAGUCCCAUUACAAAAGAUGACAACACCCAUCAGUAAAAACAUCAUUAAUUCAAGACAGGCAAAGGAAAAACACUCGACAUUACCUUUGUACAUUUUAUAGUAAACAAUAGAUACAAAAUAUAAUUAACUAAACUUAUAAAGUGUCGCAUACAGGGAGCCUUAAAACCCUUGUGGCCUAAGAAUUUGUGCAAACCGAAAAUUUCAAGGUCUAAACACACAGAAUCAGCAAGCAUCACUUACCUGGAGGAGACUUGUUAGGCCUAAUCAAAUAUACGUAGGCCUCCACACACCUUCAAAUUCUUCGGUGGACUCGAAACAAAGCACAAAUCACAUGAAAAAAACACACAACUCUCCCUCUCUCCUGUGAUCCUCUUGCUGUCUCUCUUUACUGACUCAUGAAGCCUCGACUCACCGUCUGCAUGGUUCGAAGCUUCAUAUGAACCCUAACGGCCUCUCAUUUAUUGCUUCACUGUUUCAUAAAUGGAGCUACCAAAAAUACAUGAACUAUAUAAAAUAAUGACCUUAAUUUUAUUUCAUGCAUUAUCUAACUGCCUUCCCUAAAUUAUUCGGACAUAUUUUAUUACUAAACGCUGACGUAACACUCGCUAUACGUGGUGAACGAAACGAAACACGGGAACCUCAAGACAACGUUAAAUUAGAACGCAAAUCAUUACGUUCCUAAAAUCAUUGCUCUAACAAUCUUUUAAGACUAUUAGUGCUGACGUAAUCUUAUGAACAUGAAUAUAACCACAAACAAAUCACUUGAAAUAUACAUCAUCAUCAUCAUCACUAUCAUCAGAAAGUUACGGAUUCGUCAUUAAAACACAUGGAAAGAGAGAGAGAGAGAGAGAGAGAGAGAGAGAGAGAGAGAGAGAGAGAGAGAGAGAGAGAGAGAGAGAGAGAGAGAGAGAGAGAGUAAA